AUGGGGAUUAAUUUGAGUUUGAUUAAUCUUAUAUUAAAAGUACCAAAUUUUGAUGAGAAAUCAAUUGAUAGUUACAAAAUAAAGAAAACAAAUUCAAAUAGGGUACAAGAUCAAUUGAAUACUAAAAUAAAUACAAAUGUUGCCAGUAAUUCUAAUAGUACAAGUGAUAAUGGUAUUAAAGGACAGGUUGAAAAUUAUGGAACAGGUGUAAUCAUUCCUGAUGUACUUCCAAAUUUAUCGAAAUCAAGAAUUCUGCAGAAGAUUCAACGUGAAAGAUUCCUUAGACAACAACAGCAAAGAUUAUUGGCAGAAAGAAGACUUGCAGAAUCCCAGUUUCAAGAAAUUCAAAGAAAUCCUGAUGUUGUUACAAGUAUUGAAGGUGAUCUUCAAAAUGAAGAACCAGUAGCUGAUGAAGAUUAUGGAGAAUCAAUUGAAGUUGUUGGACUAGAAGAUGAUGGAUAUGCUUAUACCGGAGGAUUGCGUAAUCGAAUUGAUAGAAAUCAACAAGUACAUAAAAGUGCUGGUGCUAAAUUAAGUACUGGAAGGAAUUCAACUGGAUUGAAUGAAAAUAAAGUUGAUGAUGAUGAUGAUAGUAAUAGUGGACAGGAAGCACAAGAUAGUAGUGAAGAUCAAUUUGAAGUUGAAGCUAUUGAAGGACCGAUUUUGAAACCAAUUCCGCCUCAUAAUGAAGAACAGGAAAUUCAAAAUGAAGUUGAUGGAGAUGAAACAACUGGAACUGCUAAUGAAGGUAGCUUAUCAAAUAUACCUGAAGAAACCGAAGAAGAAGAAGAAGAAGAGGAGGAGGAGGAUGAAGAAGUCUUCACAUCACGUGCAGAAACCACGGAAAAUACUCUGAUGUAA